UUAUUGUUUACAUAAUGCAUAAUUGCAUCAAAACGACCGUGAAUUUCAUAUCAUGUACCAUGUUAAAUAGACGCAAAAAGAAGGAUUGACACUACAAUCGCCACUAGAUUUAAAUUGAUGGGCACACAUGCCAAAGCGUAAAGACAAAAACACAAUUUAAUGGUCAUUUAAUAAUCACCAAAUGGAUAAUAGAGCGUGCGCCAUGUUUUCAAACAAUGGCAGCAAUGAUAUUUAGCGAUGGGUGCACAAUUGAUAUAAAUUGAAUGACAUGACUCUUGGAUCGGUUUGCAUUUUAGUCAAAUACAGAGUGUUGUGAAACAAACACGCCGCCCAAGUAAUUGAGUUCACGCUGAAGCAUUCGAAGUCUAGGUCAAAAAUGAAAACUCUGCACGAAAUAUUCUGGUUGCUUAUAACCUACUUAUGUUGGCACCGAGUUCAGUGCAUGAAUUUAGUUUGCGAUGAGGUGAAAUAUAACUUUUGCAAAAUAAACAUUGACGGUGGCCAUAAUUUGAAUGUGGCUUUAAUUUCGGAGGAAAAUAAUUUAACAAAUUCAUCGGAAGAAUCGUACGAGAUAAAUUUUACCAUUGUUCCUGUCGAUCGAUACGAUGACAUCAUUGAGCAACUCAACAUUGCAUACGAAUACGAAAAUGAAACGUGGACCGAUGAUUUGCCGAGAGAAUUUUAUGAAAAUCCUGAAAAUGUACAAAAAAUUCAAUUGGAAUUUCAAAGUUUGACGAAAAUUAAAAGUUCAGCGUUUAGCGGUGCAUUGAAUUUGAUCGAAAUUGAUUUGGACCACAAUCAAAUUCUGUACAUUAGUGCGGAUGCUUUCAGUGAACUCAACAAUUUAACGGUUUUAUCAUUGACUAAAAAUAAUUUGACAAUCAUUCGUGCAAAUACAUUUGCCGGAGCGAUCAAUCUGCGGCGUCUUCAUUUGAAUCAAAAUAAAAUUGAGCACAUUGAAGACGGUGCAUUGAAUCUACCGAAUUUGGAGAAUAUUUUAUUGCAAAAUAAUCGAUUGAAGAAAUUGUCGUCGAGCUUGUUUAUCGGUACGCCAAGAUUGAAAGAAGCCGUUUUUGAGGAAAAUGAAUUAAUGCAAAUCAACGAAGCAUUCACCCAUCUACAUGGAUUGGAAGUUUUGAUUUUGGACUACAAUGAAAUUGACGACAUAAAUCUGAUCAAAUUCGCUCAUCUUGCCGAACUUAAUCAUUUGUCACUUCGAAAAAGCGGGUUUCAAUUGAAUGAUAAAGUAAAAUUCGAUGAAAAUGAGAACAAAAUAAAUAGCAGCUCAAAAUUGGAAGUUUUAGAUUUGGCGGAAAAUGGUUUGACCAAUGGUGAAGAGCUCAUCACACAAUUGCGACUGUUUCAACGACUCGAAAUUAUCAAUUUGGAAUAUAAUGAAAUUGCCUCAUUGGGAGAUGUUUAUAAAAUCAAAAAAUGGUAUCCAUAUUUGCAAAUAUUGAAUUUAUCAUACAAUCCAGUUCAUUGUAGUUGGAUUGAAAAUUACGUAUCUUAUUUGAGUAAACGCGAUUUAAAAGUAUAUCCAUGGCUGAACUCUCGCAAUGGAUGCAUCCCAGACGAGGAAAUUUAAUCUCCUCACAAAUGUUAAUUAUUUACUUCUAGAGCUUAGACAAAUUAGAUAAGUGAAUCGUUUGGAAAUUUCCAAUGGAAAAAUUCAAAAUUGAAAUAAAAGACGCAAUUGCGUUAAUUUAAUAGUUUUAUGAUGUAAGAAGUAGCCAUUAAACUGAAAAUAAAAUAUGGUAAAUGUACGAUACCAAUUUUUGAUCGUUAAA